AUGUCUGCCGACGCUACCACCAACCCCGCCACUGACAACCCUGUCAACGGCACCCCCGAGACCGCUGCUCCUGCCUCCGAGACGACUGCGGCCGAAACCACCACCGUUGCCGCCAACCAGCCUCACUCGGCUUCCCUCUAUGUGGGUGAACUCGACCCCUCGGUCACCGAGGCCAUGCUCUACGAGCUCUUCUCCUCCAUCGGCCAGGUCGCUUCCAUCCGUGUGUGCCGCGAUGCCGUCACCCGCCGCUCGCUCGGAUACGCUUACGUUAACUACAACAACACCGCCGAUGGUGAGCGCGCUCUCGAGGACCUCAACUACACCCUGAUCAAGGGCAAGCCUUGCCGUAUCAUGUGGUCUCAGCGUGACCCCGCUCUCCGCAAGACUGGCCAGGGCAAUGUCUUCAUCAAGAACCUAGACAGCGCCAUCGACAACAAGGCUCUCCACGAUACUUUCGCCGCCUUUGGUAACAUUCUGAGCUGCAAGGUCGCCCAGGAUGAGUUCGCCAACUCCAAGGGCUACGGUUUCGUCCACUACGAGACCGCUGAGGCUGCCAACAACGCCAUCAAGCACGUUAACGGCAUGUUGCUCAACGACAAGAAGGUCUUCGUUGGUCACCACAUCUCCAAGAAGGACCGCCAGAGCAAGUUCGAGGAGAUGAAGGCCAACUUCACCAACAUCUACAUCAAGAACAUCGACCAGGAGGUCUCUGACGAGGAGUUCCGCAACCUCUUUGAGAAAUUCGGUGAGAUCACCUCCGCCACUCUCAGCCGUGACCAGGAGGGCAAGAGCCGUGGUUUCGGUUUCGUCAACUUCUCGACCCAUGAAAGUGCGCAGGCCGCCGUGGAAGAGAUGAACGACAAGGAGGUCAAGAGCCAGAGGCUCUACGUUGGCCGUGCCCAGAAGAAGCACGAGCGUGAGGAGGAACUCCGCAGACAGUACGAAGCUGCCCGUCUGGAGAAGGCCUCCAAGUACCAGGGUGUCAACCUCUACGUCAAGAACCUAACGGACGACAUUGAUGACGAGAAGCUGCGCGAGCUCUUUGGCCCCUACGGUACCAUCACCUCUGCUAAAGUGAUGCGCGACGCCUCCAACGUCGAGCGCAUCCAGUCCGAGGAGGAGAAGGAGGAGGGCAAGGAGAACGAGAAGGAGGCUGAGGCCGAGGCCGAGAAGCCCGCUGAGGAGCAGCCCGCUGAGGGUGAGGAGAAGCCCAAGAAGAAGACCUUUGGCAAGAGCAAGGGCUUCGGUUUCGUCUGCUUCAGCAGCCCCGACGAAGCCUCCAAGGCCGUCACCGAGAUGAACCAGAGAAUGGUCAACGGCAAGCCUCUCUACGUUGCCCUUGCUCAGCGCAAGGAUGUCCGUAGAAGCCAGCUCGAGGCCAGCAUCCAGGCUCGCAACACUAUCAGACAACAGCAGGCCGCUGCUGCCGCUGGCAUGCCCCAGCCUUACAUGCAGCCCGCCGUCUUCUACGGUCCUGGCCAGCAGGGUUUCAUCCCUGGCCAGCGUGGUGGAUUGGCUUUCCCUCCCCAGCCCGGUAUGGUUAUGGGUAUCCCCGGUGGACGUCCUGGCCAGUACCCUCCCUUCCCUCAGGGUGGUCGUGGCAUGGGUCCCAACCAGCAGAUCCCCCCCAACUUCGCUCAGGGUAUCCCCAUGGGCGCUAUCCAGGGCCCUGGUGGCAUUCCUAACGGCAUGGCCUACCCCCAGGCUAUGGCUCAGGUGCAGUUUGGCGGACGUGGUGGUGGUCGUGGUGGCCAGGUUCCUGGCAUGCCUAUGCGUGGUGGCUUCGGUGGCCGUGGUGGUCCCAUGCAGGGCAUGGGCCGUGGCGGUGGUCGUGGACAGAACGCCCCCGCUCAGCCCGCCGCUCAGCCCGAGGCCCCUGUCGCUGGCGGUUUGACCCCUCAGACUCUUGCUGCUGCUCCCGCCCCGCAACAGAAGCAGAUGCUCGGCGAAGCUCUUUACCCCAAGAUCCAGGCCCAGCAGCCUGAGCUGGCUGGUAAGGUCACUGGUAUGCUUCUGGAGAUGGACAACACUGAGCUUCUUGGCCUGCUCGAUGAUGAGGAAGCUCUCCGCGCCAAGGUCGACGAGGCUCUCAGUGUUUACGACGAGUACAUGAAGAACAAGGGCACUGAGGGUGAGGCUGGCGAGGCCAAGCCCCAGGAGGCUGCCCCUCAGGAGGGUGAAGAGAACAAGUCGUAA